AGCCAUGGCGGCCAUGAGCCGGGUGCUGCGGGCGGCCGCGGCCUGGGCGGCGCGGCGGGCGGGCAGCGCCGGGACCACCGGGAUUACCGGGACCACCGGGAUCACUGGGAUCACCGGGAUCACCGGGAUUGCCCCCCGCCUCCCCGGCAUCCUCGUUCCUGUACGACACGGCGGUGACCAUGGGAAGAGAAUGUUUAUCAUCAAGGCAACAAGUUUUUAUGAUUCUCGAUUUCUUAGCUUGUUGAGAUUCUAUUUAUUCGUGACGGGGAUACCAGUGGCUGUGCUCUUAACAUAUAUCAACAUCUUUGUUGGUGAAGCAGAACUUGCAGAGAUUCCUGAAGGUUAUGUUCCAGAGCACUGGGAAUACUACAAACACCCCAUAACCCGCUGGAUAGCUCGUUAUGUACUUGACCCCCCUGAGAAGAACUAUGAGAAGGACAUGGCCCUGCUUGAUGUGGAAAUGAGGAAAUCUGAACUGAGGCUGCUGGAGUUGGAGGCACGCAGACUGAUGAGACACCGGGGAGACGGGCCUUGGUACCAUUAUGAAACACCUGAUAAAAAUCUUGUUGACAAUUCUAUGAAAGCCACACCUGACAAUUAAACAAUUUUAGGGCAGUGUGCAAAGUUUUAUGUGCAUACUGACAAAUUGUGACUGCGCUGUGGAACAGACAUCCUGCUGUUUGCUGAUGAAAAUGAAUAAACAGUGUUUGUGUUGAUUCCAG